CUAUGGUGGGGUGGCGGGGGCGCGGACGCGGUGGAGGGCCCCGUGUCGUCCCUGGCCGAGAUCAAGUGGAUGAUGGAUGAGCUGAUGCUGCUCAACGGCGUGCUCAACAUCGGCGACUGGAUCCCGUGGCUAGACUGGCUGGACCUGCAGGGGUACGUGCGGCGGAUGAAGAAGCUGGGCAAGAUGUUCGACGCGUUCAUGGAGCACGUCCUCGACGAGCACAGCGAGCGGCGGCAGCGCGAGGGCGAGGGCUUCGUGGCGCGGGACAUGGUGGACGUGCUGAUGCAGCUCGCCGACGACCCCACCCUGGAGGUCAAGAUCGGCCGCGUCGGCGUGAAGGCGUUCACCCAGGACAUCAUAGUCGGGGGCACGGAGAGCUCGUCCGUCACCGUGGAAUGGGCCAUCUCGGAGCUCCUGAGGAAGCCGGCCGUCUUCGCCAAGGCCACCGAGGAGCUCGACCGCGUCGUCGGACACGGCCGCUGGGCCACGGAGAAGGACAUGCCGCAGCUGCCCUACCUCGACGCCAUCGUCAAGGAGACCAUGCGCUUGCACCCGAUAGCGCCGCUCCUGAUCCCGCGCGUCGCCCGCGAGGACGCCGCCGUCGGCGGCUACGACGUCCCCAAGGGCACGCGCCUGCUCGUCAACGUGUGGGCCAUCGGCAGGGACCCGGCGCUGUGGGACGCGCCGGAGAGGUUCCUGGGGCGCAAGAUGGACGUGAAGGGGCAGGACUUCAAGCUGCUGCCGUUCGGGUCCGGCCGCCGCAUGUGCCCCGGUUACGGGCCGGGGCUGAAAGAGAUACAGCUGAGCUUGGCGAACCUGCUCCACGGGUUCUCGUGGAGCCUUCCGGAGGGGAUGGCCAAGGAGGAUCUGAGCAUGGGCGAAGUGUUCGGGCUGUCGACCACGCGCAGGUCCCCGCUCGAGGUCGUCGUCCACCCCAGGCUCCCUUCCGAACUCUACGCCUGGUGA